AUGGCUAGUGCCGGGCUGGGAGGCGGCCAGAAAGGCAAUGACGAGGACACCAUCAAAGUCGCGCCAAAGAAGGAGGGGAAGGACAAAAACGGCACAAUCAAAUUGAAGAAACCCGCUCCAAAACACAAGCUGCCUGGCAACUGGCGGGAUGGCAGUGUUAUUGAUGAUGAGAAAAAGCGCGGCACCGACACACCCUCUACGAACUCCGUUCCCGCGUCUCCAGGUCCAGUUGUGAAUCCCUUGGACGAUAGUGCGAGAGAGACUUUCGCCACAGGUCGGCCACUCGAAGAUAGCCCGGAUUUACAACAAUGCAAGCAUUGCAAGAAGAGCAUAUUGAAGACAGCGGCAAAGGCACACCUGGUGGCAUGCUUGAAGGCAAAGAAAGAAAAGGCGCAGAGGAAGAAAGAACAAAAAGAAGCGCGGGAGAGGGAGAAGAGAGGUCUUGGAGAUGAUAAGAAGGACGAUGACGGGGAUACGAGAAUGGAUGACGACGACGACGAUGAUGAUGUGUCGCCAGAGAAGAAAGGACCAGAGGGGUUGAAGACUGCAAAGAAGAGCGCCGGGAAAAAGGUAGAUAACGAGGCGAAAGGCAAAAAGCGCAAAGCAGAUGGAGAUGCUGAGAAGGGACCGAAACAGAAAAAGAAAAAAGAGGAACCUAAAUUGAAGGCCGCCAAACCCAAGGGCCCAGUGGAUGUUGAGCGGCAAUGCGGGGUCAUGAAGGAUGGACAGCCUUGUGCAAGAUCCUUAACCUGUAAAAGUCAUUCAAUGGGAGCCAAGCGCGCGGUCCCGGGUCGAUCGCUGCCAUACGAUAUGUUGCUCACGGCGUACCAGAAGAAAAAUCAAGCAAAACAGCAAAAAGCCGCAAUAGAUGCCAAUGCUCCUCUGGAGGACGAAGAAGCCGCCAAUGGACCUGUUGAUUCGGAUGAGGAACUCACAGCUGUAAUGCAUGGUCUCUCGAACUGGAAUCCUCAACCUGUUGUGCCACCUCUGGUACAUAUGCCUAUUGAGAAGAUAUAUAUGCGGCAGCGGUUAUAUGAACAACUUCAUAAUGCCACGAACGGUUUCACCGUCAAUAUCUUCAAGGUUAACGGUGACGGAGAAAAGAAACGGCCAAACGCCGAUACUAUCCAUGUCGACCUGGAUGGAGAUGCCGAAAUGGAUGGAGGGGUCUCGCUUGGGACAGGUAUGGCCAACGUUGCAGCACGUCGAGCUAGUGGAUUCAACAUGCAAAUGCCACUUCAGCGAAAGGCAUCGGGUGGCAUACAACGAUAG